AUGGCUCUCUCUGGCUUCACGUCAGCCCUUGGCGCUGGUUCGGCGCUUUGGUACCUCGUCACCGCAUUAGUUGUUUACUAUGUCGUCUCCUCUGCCAUCGCCUGGAACCGCCUCCGCGGGUUCCCCGGCCCGCUCGUCGGCAAGUUCUCCUACUUGUGGCUCAUGUCCAACGCCCGCUCCGGGAAACCGGGAGAGCACUUCACCAAACUGAACCGCGAGCACGGCCCCCUCGUGCGCAUCGGCCCCAACGACCUCGUCACCGACGACCCGGACAUCCUCCGCCGCAUGAACGCCGUCCGUUCCACGUAUGGCCGCUCGUCGUGGUACGACUCGACCAAGCUGAACCCCCACGAGGACAGCAUGUUCAGCCUGCGGGACGUCGGCGCCCACGAUAGGCUCAAGGCCAAGUGCGCGGGCGGCUACGCCGGCAAGGAGAACCCCACGCUCGAGGACGGCAUCGAUGCGCAGAUCGCCAACUUCGUCGACCUCGUCCGGAGAAAGUACAUCACCGCCGGCGACGACGUCAAGCCGAUGGACAUGGGAAAGGUCGCGCAGUACUUCACCCUCGACACCAUCACCAAGCUCGCCUACGGCAAGGAGUUUGGGUACCUCGCCACGGACUCGGACGUUCACGACUACAUCAGCACCACGGAAGCGACAAUCCCCUACCUGCAGCUUUGCAGCGAGGUGCCCUUCAUUCAAGAUAUUGUAUUCUCCAAGGCCGUCCUGGGCACGGUGGGACCCAAGCAUACGGACAAGAGCGGGCUGGGCAAACUGAUGGGAGUUGCUAAAGAGGUGGUCGCAAAGCGGUUUGGCCCGGAUGCCAAGGAAGAGCGCGACAUGCUGGGCGCCUUCGUCCGCCAUGGACUCACCCAAACCGAGUGCGAGACAGAAGUCCUCUUCCAGAUCAUUGCCGGCUCCGACACGACUGCAACCGCGAUCCGCACGACGUUCCUGUACACGAUGACUUCACCGCGCACAUACAACACUCUGAAGCAAGAGAUUGCCACCGCCAUCGCCGAGGGCCGUAUCUCGUCCCCCAUCACAUACGAGGAGGGCAAGAAGCUCCCAUACCUUCAGGCCGUCAUUUACGAGGGUCUCCGCAUGAACGCCCCCUUCACAGGACUCUGCGCCAAAGAGGUGCCCCCUGAAGGGGACACCAUCGACGGAAAGUUCAUCCCGGGCGGCACCCGCAUCGCGCAGAACUUCUGGGGCACCCUCCGCCGGUUUGAUGUUUUCGGAAAGGACGCGGACCUCUUCCGCCCCGAGCGGUGGAUCGAGGCGGACGAGGCGGCGAGGGACAAGAUGCAGAAGACGACCGAGCUGGCGUUCGGGUACGGCAGAUGGGGCUGCGCCGGCAAGAGCGUGGCCUUCAUGGAGCUGAACAAGAUAUACGUUGAGCUUCUUCGUAACUUUGACUUUCAGGUCAUGAACCCCGGCAACCCGUGGCACAGCGUAAACUUCAACCUUCACAUGCAGGAUAACUUUUGGGUCAAGGUCACCGAGGCUGCAGCGUCACAGAACUAG